AAAUAUUUAGUACGGCUUCCUAUCUCAGAAGCCGGUCGACCCCAUCGCAUGUCACGUACUAAACUUUUUCAACGCCAAUUCGUCGGUACGCAACUCGACUUUCGCUCUCCAAGUACAGUAGUCGCUCAUACAAGCCGCCUCUGUAUCGCAUUCGCUCCCAUACGUUCGUUCUCAGUCCCACGAAUUGCCGGCCACUCCGUACCUGAAGAGGAGGAAAGGCGAAACUAGAGUUGCAGCGGCCGAGAAUCCUGACGAGAAUCAAAACCAGAAGCAAGAAGCAAGAAUGUGGUCAUUUGGUACGACUAUGACCAUGCCAAAAGACAGCGAGUCGGCAUCCAAAGCCCCUCUGCAGCCACAUUCACAGCCUCCUCAACCCCUUCAGCUCGAUGCCAUAGCUCAGACACCUGCUGCCGCCGCCGCAUCGCCAUUACAAGAGCCCCGAUCGUCCAUUUUAUCACAACGCUCGCUGAAACAAUUGGGGCUAUUUUUCGCCGGCGCCGGCUUUCUCUCUCUCGCUACCUUGAUUACAAGACGAUCAAUAGUUAGGAAGCGCAUAGCCACAAUACCAAAAUUCUAUACCCAAAGCAAUCGUCCAGUUGAUAAGAUCGGCUCAGAUAGUUCUCUAAUCGCCCUCGAGGCCCUCAAUCUAGCAACUCUCAACGUUCUAGGUUUUGGAAUUAUGAUGACCGGUGGUAUAUCUUGGGCCUUUGACAUUUCAAGCAUCGACGAUUUGAGGACGAUGGCUCGAAAACACAUUGGCCCUUCUGGAGGGAGGACAGACGAGGAGGCGGAACGGGAAGUGGAGGAGUGGGUUGCCAAAGUUCUGCUACGGAAAGAAAAGCAAGAGCAGGCAGCAGCUGAUCCUAUGGUAACCCCGCCAAAGAGCAAGGGUGACUAGGUUAGGAAGCGCCAGAAAGGAGAAACAUUGUCCUGUUCUCUUCCCAGGAUAUCAUAAGCGCGUAACUAGGUCAGCGACUCGUGUUUCUGCGUAUGACCUUAUGCGUAGCUCUGCAGCUGCACGGCUCCCGGUCAACCCCUGGUGGAUCUGGAUACCAUCGCCGCGUCUUGCUAAUGCGGCUCUGCUCAUUCUCCUCACACGCUCUGGCGGUGAAGAUGGGCUAUACCAACAAUUUUUGUCGUGGCCUGUAAGCUCAACGCAUCCCCGCAAGCUGAAGCUGCAGAGGGAUUGCAUCUGUAUCAUGUUCGGUCACCACUAAGCCUAUAUUGUACAAUGCAUCUGAAGCCAAUAAAAAGCCGACCCUACUCCCACCGGCCGGGUUACUGGGCUAAUGGAUAGGUCAU